AUGUCCGACCGACGCUCUGCAAUCCCCGCGUUUUACUAUGCCGUCUUCGGCGUCUACGAGCCCAUCCUCACUUGGAUGGGGCUGCUGGGCACUCUGCUCGACCCCGAAAAAACUCACAACCUGCAGGCGCCUUGGCCGCGAUUGUCGCCGCCACCUACGCAGCUGCCGCUCGCUUCUAUCGUGACCGUCGUCCAACUCGCCCACGUUUGUGCCCUUCUCGGCACCGUAAACUUCUUCCUCCUCUCCACCGCGCGACGCCACCUCUUCGCGCAGCCCGCGCUUCAAGAAAAGGUCAUCAGCUCUCUGCUCACGCCCCUCCUCGCUGGCGACAUCCUCCAUAUCGGUCUCACGAUGUGGGCUUUGGGUGACAGUCGGUGGCAUUUUUCAGAAUGGAGCGGGACGCUGUGGACGACGAUGAUCCUCGGCUUGACCCUACUGGUCCCGCGAAUCGCUUGGCAUAUGGGCGUGGGCCGUUACGUGGACAAGAGGGAUGGGAAGGUCUUCGGCUGA